AUGAAGGCAAUAAAGAGCUUAACUUAUGAUAAAAAGAUUGAAGAAAUUGCAGAGUCGCUUGAAAGUUACACCAAGACUUUAAUCUUCCAUCAAGUAAUCGACAACUUCAAUAACCUCAAAGUCGAGCAGCAGCCACCUCCAUACCCAGAUCCACUCUGGCUAGUACCGUUCGACAGAAACCCCUCAUUUGUUGGGCGGGAUGAGAUUUUUGCAGAAAUUGAUCAAGCAUUCGCAGUCCAAGGAGGAAGUCAACCAAAGGCAGCUCUCUGCGGCCUAGGAGGCAUAGGAAAAUCCCAAGUAGCGUUAGAGUACUGCUACCGGAGACGUACAAAAGGCAGAUGUUCCAUACUCUGGGUAAACGCUGCUACAGUGGCUCGUUUCGAAGAGUCAUUCAAUCGAAUUGCUAGCGAAUGUGGUAUAACCACCCCAGAUGGUGCUCAAUCUGAUGCGGCAUUACUGUUGAAGAAUUGGCUUGAAGUUCGGCACGUGGGCCCAUGGCUCAUGGUUGUUGACAAUGUGGAUAAUGAAGACGCCUUUUUCCGUGGAAAAAUGACUGUCGGAAAAAGUCCCUCUGAGUGCAUACCACAUUGUCAAAACGGUUCUCUACUAUUUACGACAAGAAGUCGUGAUGUGGCAUUUGACGUGGCGAAUCCCAAAAUUCCUAUCACGAUUCAUGAACUGGGAAAAGCAGAGGGGAUUAGCCUAGUAAGAAAGCGCAUGCGAGAGAACUACUCCGAUGAGCUGAUCCUGGAACUCCUCCAAGAACUCGAGUAUAUUCCACUCGCAAUCACUCAAGCAAUUGCGUUUAUGGUAAAGAGGCAAAGAACUGUUGAACAAUACUUAAAGCAGUACCGGAAAAGCGAUGCAACCAAGACAAAAUUUCUCAGUUACGAAUUCUCUGAGCAUGCACGGCCAGAAAAUACGUUGGAGUCGGUAACGAAAACGUGGAAACUAUCUUUCCAAUCCAUACGAGACUCAAAUCGAAGAGCCGCAGACUUAUUGUGCCUCAUCAAUUUUUUCCAGCAUCAGGGAAUUCCUGCUAUACUCUUGCAAGAUGAAGGCGAACUAGAAGAUGAUUUUGACUUUCAAGACGCAGCUGCGCUUUUGAAAGCCUUUUCAUUCAUUGAUGAGAAUGAUUCUGUAUUUAGCACCCAUCGCCUUGUACAGUUAGCAACAAGGUGGUGGCUAGAGGAAGAGGUUCCUGAAGAUGUGGAUAAGUGGGCCUUUGAAGCAUUAAGGUCUAUCGCGUCUCAAUUUCCCGAGCCGUCAUCUCAUCCUGGACCUGAAUACUUCAAACUCGCAGAAAUAUUACUCCCUCAUGCUGAGCUCAUUCUUCAACAUCAGUUUAAAAAGACCACCAAAGACUGGGAAUUAGCUAGAGCGAAACUACUUAUGUCUUCUGGGAGAUAUAUUCAUUGGAACGGCAAUUAUGACGAAGCUCGGCUAAGAUUCGAGCGAUCGAUGGAGAUAAACAGCAGAUAUCUGGGCGAAAAGCAUGUGGAUACUUUGGCGAGCAUGGGGCUACUGGGCUGGACUAUGGGCAUCCUUUACAUGGACGUAAAAGCUCUGCCGAUUCUAAAGCGCGUCGUGGAAAACAGGCGUGAAAUCUUGGGUGACGAUGAUCCCAGGACGAUUGACGCCUUGAGUGAUCUUGCAACCGUCAUUGCUUUGACUGGCAAUUACACAGAAUCUGAGACUAUGCAGCGUGAAGCUCUAGCUCGCAGUGAGCGCAUUCUUGGGAGGAAACAUAAUGAUACGUUAAACUGCAUGGCUCAUCUCGCCGAUGUCCUCGACGACCAAGGUAAGACUGAGGAGGCAAUUCAGUUACUAAGGGAUGCCUAUGACGCCAAAAAAGAGCUUCUUGGCAAUCUUCACCCAGAUACGCUUGCCGCCGAAGCAAAUUUUGCUGUAAUGCUAAGCGAAAGUGUUGAAACAGUGGGAGAAGCAUUUUCUCUUUGGAGGCUCAACUUGAGAAAUAAAACCCAGGUCCUUGGGCCCAACCACAGAGAAACUUUGAUCACAGCAAAGAACUUCAUCCAAGAGCUUCAAUGGCGGCAUAGAAGUGCAGAGGCACGAGAACUUUGUGCGCAAUGCCUCGCAAGAGCGGGCGACGAUCUUUAUAAGGAUAACCUGCACAGCCAGAAGCUUCUCGAAGAUAUCAACAAUAUUUGGCAGACAUUACUGGAAACUGAUGAGGCUGAAGAAAGUUCAGAAUCAGAGUAA